AUGGACGUGGCCAUGGAGCCAAAAGAGCCCGAGGGCUCCAAGCCUCGGCCGCUUCCCAGCGCAGCACAGCUUCGCGCCGAGCUGCACGAGGCUGUGCAGCGUCUCAGCUUCGCAGAGCUCCACAGCAGCACGCAGCAACUCGGUGGGCCUCUGAGCUCCUUGCCUCGCUUCCUCCAGGAUGGACUUGCUGCUGCAUCUGCACAGAGGAUGCGAGCCCACCUUGGCAUGCGCGAGUACUCGCGCGCGGCGCACGCGCUACAAGGAGGUCCUUCGCCCGGCAAAGGGCUUUACUCCGAACCUUGGGCAUUGUUCUUUAAGUCAUAUGCCUUGUACUUAGCGGGAGAGAAGCGUCGAGAAGAAGAUGCAGCAGAGGUUUCAGAUCCUGCAGAAUCGAGUCGUGUGUGCAACACGGAGCUGAAAGCGUUGGAAGAAGAUCUGUCUGCGUUCUACCAAGAGCGGAAGCUGGAUGGUUUAGGUCUCUACGUGUAUGGCAUCGUGUUGAAAGGCUUGGAGCUGAAGGAAGAUGCCAGACGGGUUCUGCUGGAAUCCGUUCAUGCCUUUCCAUGCAAUUGGUCAGCGUGGCUGGACAUCAUCAGCAUCUCUGCAGACUUGGACGACAUCGACAACGAGGGCUGCGAGGGUGUAAGGCUGCCAGCGCAUUGGAUGUCCUCAUUCUUCGAGGCUGCAUUGCAUAUGGAGCUUCAGCGGAAUGAGAGUGCGAGGGAUCUGUAUGUCAUGCUUCGGGCGUCCUUUCCGGAGUCUCCCUACAUUGCGUCCCAGAUUGCGACGUGCUUCUACAACUUGAGGAACUUUGAUGCCUCACAAGCAGCUUUCGAAGAGCUCCGCCGAAGAGACCCCUACCGACUCUCGUCCCUAGACACGUUCUCGAAUAUUCUCUUCGUGAAGGAGCAAGCUGCAGCGCUGAGCCACCUCGCUCGCCAGGCUGUCAAGAUCGACAAGUACACGCCAGAGGCUUGCAUCAUCAUAGGAAACUACUACAGCCUCAAAGGUGAGCACGAGAAGGCAGUCGUCUACUUUCGACGUGCUCUUGCUCUCAAUCGCCACUUCACUCCAGCGUGGAUCCUGAUGGGUCAUGAGUUCAUGGAGAUGAAGAACACUGCAGCAGCCAUUGAUGCUUACCGCACUGCGGUGACUAUUAAUCGGCGAGACUACAGAGCUUGGUAUGGGUUGGGACAAACCUAUGAGCUGUUGAGUCUCCACUUCUAUGCCCUCUUUUACUAUCGUCGGGCCAUGUCCCUGCGGCCAGAUGAUGCCCGCAUGUGGUGCGCCAUGGCCCAGUGUUACGACCACAUGGACAGAAAGGCAGAGGCACUGAAGUGCUACGAGAAGGCCCACCGCUGCGGAGACCGCGAGCGCAUGGCCUUGCCACGCCUCGCACGCCUCCACCGUGACCAUGGGGAUCGCAGGCAGGCAGCUGCUUACUACAGCCAAAUGCUGGAGCAAAGUGGGCAUGCCCGCGUUGCCAAUGUGGCUGCAGGAUGGGUUUGCCUGAUGUAG